UUCUCACAUCAUCACUGACAUCAGACUUCACAGCGGCGCGCAUUCGGGGAGCGCGCUCGACUUGAGAGCCAGAGACAGUUCAUCUGUGAUCCGCUUCUUCACUCUGCUGCUUCUUAACGAAAUAACACACGGUGGCACUCUGUUUGAAGAUGGCGGCUCUCGGCUUUUGUCAUCUCUUGGCUGUGCUCCUCAUCACACUGUCCCACACCUCGUACAGCUCUGAGAUCCCAUCUGAAAAUGCCAAAAAGUGUCUGAUCGGGUCUGCCCCCUCUGACUCCAAGCAAGACCAAGAUAUGGGACUUCUGGGCAGCAGCCAACGACGGAGAUACUGGACACGUAAAGACAGGGAUAGUAUUGGGCUUCACUCGCAAAGGCCACUGGAUCAACCGGAGGAUGAUGGGACAAGUCUGGAGGGUCUGAGCCCUGUAAGGCUGGAGAUGGGGCCUGGGGACAGUAUGAGGACGGAGGUUCAUGAGGAGGUGAGGGGCCCUGCUCAUAUGCGGCGGGGAAAUCCUCCUCCGGAAGGAGAGUUAAAUCGUAAAGGCAGGAGACAUGGUCACGGGCAUCAGGCUGAUCACAGAAAGCAGGAAGGCAAAAGAGACAAAGGUCGAGCUAAAGGGGAUCUCUAUGACCCUGAACCAGAAUUAGACUCCUUGUUGAAGGAUAUGAAUGCAUUUGAGGAUGGUUUUUACACCUCCCCGCCCAAUCACGACAAUGCCCCACUCACUGAAGCUCCCUCCCAUCUCUUCCCCAUUUUGGUAACCACGGCAAUCAACGAGCAUCCCCCAACACUGUCCCCAGCCUCCACCAAACCCCAGGUACCCUGGCAAGCAGACGAAUCAUUGAGUAUGAAGAAGUCGGGUCGAGGGAAGGCUCAAGGGGAGGUGAUGCCGACUCUGGACAUGGCCCUCUUUGACUGGACUGAUUAUGAGGAUAUGAAGCCUGUAGACACUUGGCCAUCCAACAAAAGAAAAGAUAAACGUCGUGGCAAAAACAAAAAUAAUGGGAACACAACGCUUGAUGCUGAUGUCAUUGACCCAUGUGACCAUCAUCUUGACUGCCUCCCUGGUUCCUGUUGUGACCUGAGAGAACAUGAGUGCAAACCUCACAAUCGCGGCCUAAACAACAAGUGUUAUGAUGACUGUAUGUGUGAGGAGGGUCUGCGUUGUUAUGCCAAGUUCCACCGCAAGAGGAGAGUGACCCGAAGACGGGGCCGCUGUGUGGAGCCAGAAUCAGCCAACAGCAACCAAGGAGCCUUCAUCACCAUCUGACAUACUGUACAGAGAGAUACCCCAUGACUGAUGAUGGACUGAGCUUUGAAGAAUGUGGGUCAACAAUGAAUGUCUUCAGCCCACAGUAUAAAUGUACAUACACUGUUCAUCUGCCUGUCAGGGUUGUGCACCAUUCAGAAUUCUUGAAUUUGAAUUGAGGUAGCAAUCAGUAUACAUAAUUGUAAUUUGAAACAAAAAGUAGAAUUUAAUUUUUCAGUUUGAAUUAACCAUGAAUGUUGUCACACACAACAUAUGGGAUAUUUCUAGAAACACUAGAUGAUAUUAAUAAUACGAUUUUGAAAUCCCCCUUAUUAAAAUCAAAUUACUUUUUUGGACCAUGGAAUUAAUCAAAGCCAACUAAUGGACCACUGAAUUUUCUAAUGUACUUUUAUUAUUAGUACACUUGUGUGGAUAAGCUCAAUAUAUUAUGUAAUUGAUAGAUUCAAAUUUGGUCAGUAUUUAUUUUUUCUAAAAUUAUUUGAAAACAAUUUGGUGAUAUUUUUUUUGUGAUGCAGGGUGGCAUAAUUAAAAUCUAAAAAAAAAAAGUCUCUACCUAAAAUUUAGCAAAACUCUAAAAGCAUACCUUUACACACAAUUCAUCAAAGCUUCCAGCUGAAAUGAACACUAGAGGCAGUAAAAUGGUAGUUAUUUUCAAAAUGAUGAUUAUGGGGACAGAUUUUCUAUUAAUAAAUAUUUUUGUGUGGUUCCUUGCACAAUAUUAUAGCAUAACCUCAAAAUGCUUUUACCAUAGCGCAUGAUUUGUAAAUGAACACAUUUUGACACUGGCAUCACAUAAUCAGCUCCAUAUGUAUGGCUUUUCUAACAUAGUAAACUUGCUCAGUAUCUCACCCGGUACAGCACUGCACUUUGUGCUGCAGAACGCUCAGCUGUGAGUUCCAUGAAACACAGGAUAAAACACAACCUUGGUUGGAAGUUAAACAAUGUAUUUACUUUAUAGAAAUAUGUCUGUGCAAAGAAAAAUUAUUUGUGCGUAUUAGGGAUUACAUAGGCAGAAUUAUACAAUAAUAGUGAUUAAAUUGACAAUGCAGUUGUUUAUGCUGUGUCAUUCAACUUAAAUUUCUAGGUAGAAUUUCUAUUCAGUAAAUUCCUCUUUUCUGUUAUUUAAAUACCAAUUCAUCAUUCUGACUGUGGCCAAUUUAAUUUCGCAGUUCACAUUUAUGAAUUUCAAGGAAGCAGAUUCUUAAAGUAUGAAUUUUGCCCAACCCUGCUGUUUACUUUUAAGUUUGAACAGAAUAAUUUGUGUCUGAAUGGAAGGCUUUUUCUACUGAUUAUUGUUAUACUACUGUCAGUAACUACUGCUACUCCUGUAUUAAUGGAUAUUGAUUUGUUUGGUUUAUUUGUAAUAUAUGCUUUAUUUAUUCAAGUACCAAACAGCUUCUUUUAUUGAGAGAUGUUGGACAGGGAAUGUGCUCUUCUUUAACGACUGCGUGUUCUGACAGAAAGAUGGAUGCUUGAAUGAGUGAUUGUUACCUGUAUGGGUUAGAGGGAUAGAGAUGGACAGAGGAGAUUGAGGGGAGAGAUGGAUGACUUGUCAGUUCAAAUCACUGAGCUUCUUUAUGGUCUGACACACCUCUGUGUCCCGUCACUUGUUUUAACUGUUUACUAGACUUUUGUGUUAGUGGGGCUGUAGAUAUGCUUUAGUCUUUGUAAAGUUUUUUCUUUUUUUCUGUCACCUUGUUUUCAACUUGAAAUUUCUCAAGCUCCAUAAAUUGUCAUUUAUUUUUAACUGAUACACCAGAAAUAAACUUAACUGAGGACA